AGCACGAUAACUAAAUUUGCAGGGCUGGAGUAGUACGUCUUUUUUCUGGUAUGUGUACUGUUGGGCCAUACCAAGCUAAAAAGAACAGAUAUUAUUUGUAUACUUCACAUCGUUUGAAACUUUUCCACCAAAUGAAGUACAAUCAUAGACUUCAGCCCGAAUACAUGUGAACAACUUACCCAUGCAAACCUGAUCAAUAGUACGCAAAACAAUCGACCAAAAGAUCACAAGAAGCUUUUGUACAAGAACACCGAAAGUAGAAAAAACCCAUGCUCCCUGCACUUUAUUCUCUUAAUGCAAUGGCACCAGAGAUCUCUGCAGCUGCGACAUUUUUGUCGAAAUUUCUACGGACCAGGGGUAGAGUAAGCGAUCGACAAUUACAAACAUUCAGCCAGUCCUUGCAAGACUUAUUGGCAGAGCACUACAAACAGCAUUGGUUCCCAGAAAAGCCAUGCAAAGGAUCAGGGUAUCGUUGUAUCCGUAUUAACCAUAAAAUGGAUCCUCUGGUUGGACAAGCAGGAGAAUGUAUUGGACUGAGCAACGAGCAGCUCUUUGGUCUUUUGCCCAGCGAACUGACUCUGUGGAUUGACCCAUAUGAAGUCUCGUAUCGUAUAGGAGAAGAUGGAUCCAUCUGUGUUCUUUAUGAAGACACACCAGCAGGAGGAAAUGGUCAGAGCGCUGGUUCCACCAUGCAGCUUGUGGACAGUAGAAUUAGCUGUAAAGAUGAACUACUUCUGGGCCGGACAAGUCCUUCAAAAAGCUAUGCGAUGAUGACGGUCUCCAGCUAGGAUGUGGCUUUAGAUUUUUGGGAUUUAAUGCUUUUUUUUUUCCCUUAUGGGAAAGCUCGCUGAAAGAUGCAUUUUGGACUUAAACAUUGUCCACGACUGUGAACCUGCUGACGCACAUCUUGUAGAUAAGUAGCUUUAGCUGUGGAAGUGACAGUGUUAACAGUUGGAACAGUGUUGUUUGAAAACAGUAGAGCCUGUUGCUGUGUGAUAAGAUUGGAACUCCACUAUUGUGAAUGUUGUAAAACCAACAAAAAUGCAGUUUAGCUUAUUAAAUAUGUUUAACUUCCUGUUUUUUUUAUUUAUUUAUUUAUUUUUUUUAACUGAACUGCAUGCCCUUGCAUCAGAGUAACCUUUUUUUUUUUUGACGGGGGAGGGGGGGCAGCAGCUAUGAGCAGAGUGUGAAGAUUGGCCUCUAUGCAUCUCUCUCCUUCUCUUACAUGGUGUCACUGGUAGUUAUCAUGGAAAAUCUCUCUUUUUUUUUUUUAAUCCUUUUGCUCAAAAAAAGUUUUUCUGUUAACAGCUGUUGUAGUUUUAGUGUGGUAUUCCUCACCCACCUACCUUUCUCCAUGUUGCAGUAGAAGAUGAUUCAGUUUGGCCAUUCCUUAGGAAUAGCACCCUUAUUGUCAAUUAACAUAUUGCAGUUAGUCUCAGAUGGGCUUUACUGCUUUUAUAGAUAUUUACUAUGUUCCUUAUAAUAAUGAUAGGCAACUUCUGCAAAAUUAAUGACCAGUAUUUAAUAUACCCAGGUGAUGACUUUAGCACAUGCAAACAUUUGUCACGUGGGUAUGAUUCUGUCAUAAUGCUGUGGGAAGUAAGGAAGGCUGCAGAUAGCCACCUUUAGUUAUGAAAUCUUUAUAAAGUGAGAAAAGGAAGAUGUACACAAACUGGAGUCCUGAACUGGAACAUGGCAGCUUUUUCUGCCAUAGUGCUAAAGUAUGGUACAAGUUAACCAGCAAACUGCAACUGAUGUUUUCUUACAGGUAGUACUGCAUACCUGAUUAAAAAAGAAUACCUUUUGCUGUAUAACUUAUUUUAUACCAAAGACAGUAUAUCCUUCAGAUGUCUAACACAGAUGAAUCUAAUUUUUGAUGGAUAUCCAAAAGCUUUGUUAAAAUUCUGUGUUUAAUACUUAUUUUUAAAUUUUAUAUUUUAUUUUUCAGAUAAAACUGCAUGUCACAAUGAUGUUACGAUAAAAAGAAAAAAAAUACUCCUGAAUAAAACAUGCUAUUCAAUAGCUGCUUCAGUUACCACUGUGGUAACUAAAAUAUUUGUCCUCUGGCAUAGUUGUAGGGUAGAAGACAUAACCUUUUUGCGAGACCAGAAAUGUUUGUAUUCCACUUCUACUUGUCUUGAUUUUUUCUGGCUGACCUUCCAGAGUAUUAAAGGUAGACAUUCUUUGUAGCUUCUCCCCUUACACUCAUGAAGCUGCUGUCCGUGUAUAUAUUUAAUUAGUAAAUUGUCUGUAAUGCCUUCAGAGUACCUUUUUAUUUUUCAUUUUCUUCAGCCCAGGAAAUUCAGAUGUGUUGCUCCUGAUUGCUUUGCUCCCGUUUGAUAUUUUCAGACCCAGAGGUCAGCAUAGUAUGUCCACGUCUUUGGUCUAUUUUUGCUGUUGAAAUUUAUUCCACAUGGUUUUCUCCUCUGAGCAUCUUAGCUUGAAGAAAAUAGAGUAUGACUGAAGUGCAUAAUUUCAUAUUUUAGUCCCUCGUUUUAAGACCACUGUUCAACUAAUGCUCGUCUCCAGUUGACUACCAGUAUGACUUGAGGAGGUUUUUGAUAUGCAGGAAAUUGUCUGUUUUGUGUAGUGUGACAUUGGGUACAAUUUUUUUUUUUUUUUUUUUUUACACAACAGGAAGUUGUA